UCCAAUCAAAUGGCGGUGACUCUGCACACAAACCUAGGCGACAUCAAGUGCGAAAUUUUCUGUGACGAGGUCCCCAAGACCUCCGAGAAUUUUUUAGCACUAUGUGGAAGUGGUUAUUAUGAUGGUACUAUAUUUCACCGCAACAUUAAGGGUUUUAUGAUUCAAGGUGGAGACCCAACUGGAACUGGCAAAGGGGGAACAAGUAUAUGGGGCAAGAAAUUUAAUGAUGAGAUAAGAGAGUCUCUGAAGCACAAUGCAAGGGGAAUAUUGGCAAUGGCUAACAGUGGUCCAAAUACUAAUGGAAGUCAAUUCUUCAUAACUUACGCAAAGCAGCCACAUUUAAAUGGGCUAUACACUGUGUUUGGCAGAGUAAUUCAUGGGUUUGAAGUUCUUGAUCUCAUGGAAAAGACUCAAACAGGGGCAGGGGACCGACCACUUGCUGAGAUAAGGCUCAAUCGUGUAACAAUACAUGCUAAUCCACUUGCUGGUUAGACUUUUGUCUCAUGUAAAAAGCUUUUAUUAUCAAAAGUUGAUCAAGCUUUAAGGGAAGGAGAAAGGUUUCAUAUACUGAUUUAAGUACUUACUCAUACCUACUUCUAAUUCAAAGAAGCAUUUUGAUAAUGUAGUAAAAUGUAUAUUGAAUUGUGAGAUAUGCAUGGAAUAUAAUAAGCACAUUUUUAUGGAUUAGUUUAAGUGG